AUGAAGGAAGCAAGCGGCAUUCACAUGGUUACCGGCAACGGCGAAAACAGCUACGCCGCAAACUCCAGGCUCCAGGAGAAGGCCAUUUUGGAGACAAGGCCGGUGCUUUGUAAGGCCAUACAAGAGGUGUGCACGUCGCUCUCCGCCCGACGGAGCACCAUGGUCGUUGCUGACCUCGGCUGCUCAUCGGGUCCCAACACUCUGCAUGUCGUCUCCGAGGUGAUUGGCGCGGUCCAAUUCUACACUCGGAAAUUGGAAGAAGAACGGCGUGCCGUCGAGGUGCAGUUCUUCUUGAAUGACCUGCCGGGGAACGAUUUCAACCUCGUCUUCCGGUCACUGGAGCAACUUGAACAUCUCGGCGGCAAAGAGACGCAGCCCUACUAUGUGGCGGGCCUGCUGGGAUCCUACUACAGGAAGCUUUUCCCUUCGCGGAGCGUCCAUUUCUUCCACUCGUCCUACUCCCUCAUGUGGCGCUCUAAGGGCUGUGUGGAGAAGGAGAAGCUGGACACAUUCAACCUGCCAUACUAUGCUCCAUCGGUGAAAGAGGUGAAGGCGUUGAUCAAUGAGAGUAAGCUCUUUGAUAUUGAGCAUGUCAGACUCUUUGAAUCCAACUGGUAUCCUCAGGACGACUCAGACAGUGACGUGGUACUAGACUAUGCUAUCGGCGGGGCAAAUGUGGCCAAGUGCAUAAGGGCCGUGUUGGAGCCACUAAUAGUAGACCACUUUGGAGAUAACAUUAUUGAGGAGCUAUUCGUGGUGUAUGCUUCUGUCGUUGCAAAGCAUUUGGAGAAAGUGAAGGCAAAGUACCCCAUCAUCAUGGCAUCCUUGAAGAAAGCCAUGCACUGA